UGUUGCGGUCACAUUUGCAAAAAUAUGCACAAUUUGAGUCCCAAUAUUCGCUUUAAAACGAGUUAUUGAAGUAAACAAAUUAAGAGAGCCGUUUAUGCAAACAAUUAUUAAUCGUAUUCCUUACUCGCGAUCGAAACGCUAUUCUUGUAAACUGAAAAGAACUAAUAGCAAUAUAUCUACUGAGACGAAGCCGAAGUCGAAGCCAAUGCCUCAUUUAUCCGCAUGCUGAAUCUGAAAUUAAAUCGGAAACUGAAACUGCAAUUGGAACUGAAUUUGUACCUAAACACUCCACCAAAAUGAAUCCCUGUGUGCUGCCCACUCCAUUGCCCGAUUUAGAUGGGGAUAAGCGUUGGCACAGCAUACACCGCCGGUUUAUCUCCGAUUGCCGCGAAAAGGAUCCGGAUGUUAUAUUCCUCGGAGACUGUAUUUUUGAAACAGUACAGGAUAGCGAGGCGUGGAAUCAAUAUUUUGCACCACUGCACUGCCUUAACUUUAGCAUUCGGGACGAUUGCACCGAGCACGUUCUGUGGCGCAUCGAAAACGGAGCUCUGGACAAUGUAAACCCUAAAAUAGUGGUCCUUCAUGUCGGCACGAAUAAUGUGAAAAACAGUGCAGAGGAGGUGGCCGAAGGCGUACUCGCAAACGUUUCAAAAAUCCGUCAAAAGCUGCCUAACGCCUAUAUCCUUCUUCCUUCAUUACUGCCACGAGGACAGCAGCCCAAUAAGUUACGCGAAAAGAAUUCCAAUAUUAAUGAGCUGGUUAAUGGAUUGACCAAGGGAUUGUAUCGGGUCCAGACAGUUGCCAUUGACAAUGGUUUGGUCCAGAGCGAUGGUAGCAUCAGUCACCACGAUAUGUUUGAUUAUAAGAAUCUUACCAAUGCUGGAGCGAAAAAAAUUCUUGAGCCACUAUAUGAUUUGCUUUCGCAAAUUCUCAACGAAAACGAACCUGAAAACGAUCUCACACCCUCCGAAUAAAGGAAAUUCCAUCAGAUAUCCAUUAUAUAUACCAACCAGAGAAACAAUUCCCAGAAUAUAACUUAACAAAACGUAUUUUUUGAAAUCUCAAAAGCAAUAAAGCUGCGAGACUAUCUCACAAUUAAACAUAAGUUUUCUUAUCGAAUAGUAAACAACCGCAUAUACCAUUGCAAAAUGAUACUAUUUUACAUUAUAUUUAUAAGAUAAAGAAAUGAUUGUAAUUGGGUAAAAUACAACUUAUCUUCAAGCAUCAGA